UUUAUCAGGCAUGCAGGAACACUCACUGGCGCAUGAACAGAAGAUAAUUAAUAAUUAAGGGCUCAUUAACAGAAGAUAUCUCCUGCAGGGAGGAUUGGCUGUGGGAGAGAUAAAGAAACCUGCCCAAUGAAGAGAAGAGAACUGCCCCACUGCUAACAGAUGGGAAUAGAAUACACACCCCCAUUUCUAACCUAAGACACCGAGACAAAAAACAAUCCCAUUCUGAUGUUAAUUUACCCAAUGGCACUAAUUAGAGGUAACUAAUGAGUGUUCUCAUUCCAGCAGAACCCCAGCUGCCUUCCCCACCAGCAUGGAGAACUUCCUGGCCACUCGCAGCGAGCAGGUGCUGCAGCGGGGCCAGGCCCAGCUGCUCCUGGGGAAGGUGGGCGGACACUCCCGGCGGAAGAGGGAAUUCAUGCCGGACGACAAGAAGGACACCAUGUACUGGGAGAAGAGGCGCAAGAACAAUGAGGCCGCCAAGCGCUCACGGGAGAAGCGGCGCCUCAACGACGUGGCCAUGGAGAGCCAGCUGGCAGCGCUCAGCCACGAGAACGCCAUGCUCAGAACCGAGCUGCUCUCCCUCAAGCUGCGCUUCGGGCUCCUCAGCCCCGCGCCCAGCCCCUACCUGGGCCGCCCCCUCGGGCUCUACCUCGGGGGGCACCGGGCAGCCUCACCCCUGCUGGGUGUGGAGCCCUUUGCUGGUGAUUCCUGCUGCCCUGCCCAGAAGAGUUUUGUGCCCAAGGUGCUGGAGCCAGCUGAAUUUCCUUGCGAAACCUUCAACUCCUCCACAAACAUCCUUGGCUGCGACUCCAAACCCAUUCCCAUAGACACAGGUGGCCUCCAGCAACCCAAAAGGUUUGAGGAAUCCUUCAGCCUCAAAAGGUUUGAUGCAUCCUUCAGCCCCACAGUUUGCUCUCCAUUCCUCAGCUACCCCUGCUCAGACAAACACCCCUUCCCCUGCCCUUGGCUGGGCGGUGCCUGGUUCUUGUGCCCAUCCCCUGGCACCGCUGAGGCCAGGAAGGAGAGCAGCACUGCGGUGUCAGAUGAAGAUGACGAGCAACAAGUACCCAAAACUUCUCCUGCGCCCUCCUGCAGCCUGCCCUGCCCCUCGGAAGAGCAGCUGAAGGGCCGGAGCAUUGCUGCCCUCCCGCACAAGCUCCGGAUUAAGAGCAAAGCCCUGGGCACUCUGGAGGAGACUGGGCUGGACUCACACUGAGGCAGCACAGGAAUGCCUGCUGUGGGGCCAGAGUGAGACAUUCCAAGGAAACGAAGGGUUUGGAAGGACAAGGUGAGAGGGAAAUGCCUUCUUCUCCAAAGAUGGACAUAAUUUUCCCUGCUCAGUGUAGAAGCUGAGGGAGUUUCUCGGGCUGCAUCACUACAGCACAACUGCAGCUGGCCAGGACCCUGUGGUCAGCCCCUGGUCUCACUGGUGGCUCUGCUACUACAGCAAGCUCAAACUGGAGGUGUGAAGGGGCAGGAAGAGGCCAAGACAGGGGGGAUGGUCAUGCAAUGUGACACCACUACAGCUGGUGGGGUUAUCAACUACUGUAGUGACCUUUGCUUCAUCUCCGCCUUCAUCCUCACCAAAGUGCCUGGAGUCAGACUUACCUGACACAGGAAACUGUUGAUGGAACCAGUUUCAGACCCCUCAACUGUCUGGAGAAAAUAAAAAGAGGUUGUGACUCUGGGAGUGUGGAUUUACCCUGGCAUGAAAUGAAAGCAGGACCUCCUGCACUGUAUUCCAGUUUACCAUAAUUUAUUUCCAGAGGGAAUGAACUCUUUCUCUGUGACCAGACAUGCUGUGGUCCAGAAGAUUUCAUUUAUCUUUGUAACUGUUAUUAUGGAAGACUAAAUAUUAUUUUAUUAUUAUUAUUGAAAUGAAAAAAAAAAAUAUUUUUGCUUCUUUCUUUUAAAAAAGGCAUUUUCAAACCUGAUCUUCGUCUAUUUGGAAAUUCUUUAUCAAACAGGCACAAGCUGCAUAUGGUGUUUGUAAUUCCUGCCUCUGCUGGGACCCAGUCCCUGUCCAUCCUGACAUCCUUGCUUUUCCUUUGGGAAAGCCUCAGGGAGAGCAGCCUCCUGCAGGGCUCUGGAGCCUCUUGGAGCUGUUCCUCAGUUUUCAAGCCAAAGAGAAUUCUCAGGGAUGCACUCCAGGUACAGUUGUGACUUCCUCUCCUCAGAUCUUUCCUGCUUUGUCUCUUUUCCCAAGAUGAGGAUGAUCCUGCAGUUCUGAUGUUGCUGUGUCUAGCAGCCCCAUAUGUUCUUCGACUUGUUGGAUAUGACCAGCCCAAUCUGAUGGUUCCAUCAGCCCCAGUCUGAUGGAAGAAGAUCUCAAAGUGAGAAAGCAACUUCAAGCUGAACUCCUUUGCCCCAGCCACACAUUUCCAGUCCAUGUCCUAUGUCCCAAAAGACAGAAGAGCUGCAGGGCCCUGCUGGGAACCAGAGCUGACAGUGGAGCUCAACAUCCCAGCUCAGAUCCCCUGGGAGUCUCCAUCUCAUCAGUUCCAGCUCAACAGAGUCUCCUGUUCCUUUGUGUGUCUGUCCCUGUGUCUCCUCAGGUGAGACCCCACCUGCAGAGCUGC